AGCUGGAAAGAACCGGCCUCCUCUUCCUUCCCUCUCCAAGUCUUUCAUCACCUCCUCCAAGGCAUCUCCACAACCACUUCCAUCUCUCCCAGAGUAUUCAAAGGUCCACAGAUCCCCCUGCAUUAGUACCACACCACCAUACUGAUUCCUUCUCCUCAGGUUAGAAGACGGGCCUCUCAAAUUUUUUGACACUGCAGUGAUUGGUCGAUCGGUCUGCACGGAUUAUUAAGCAACAAGCUAGACUUCCAUCGAUCUAGAGUUUCGAAGAUGUCUAAGUUUUCAUUGAAAUCCUUUCUAAUGGGUUGCUAUGGAAAGACUGAUGAAAGGCCACCAAGCAAACAGAGUGAGAAGCGCCACACCAACCCAAACUCCCCACAGAGGUUGUCCUACUCCGAUGUCAGCAGCUCCACCUCGCCACUGUCACCAGAAGAUCUAUCAUUAACUCUUGGUGGAUCAAAUCUUCAUGUAUUCACUUUCGCGGAGCUCAAGGACGUGACAAAGAACUUCUCCAUGAGCAAUUUCAUUGGAUCAGGUGGAUUUGGGCCUGUCUUCAAGGGAUUCAUCGACGACAAAUUGCGGCCGGGCCUGAAGGCUCAGACCGUAGCCGUGAAGUCCCUGGACUUGGAAGGGACGCAGGGCCACAGAGAAUGGCUGGCUGAGGUUGUAUUCCUUGGGCAAUUGGAGCAUCCCCAUCUGGUGAAGUUGAUAGGUUAUUGCUGCGAAGAGGAGCACAGACUGCUCGUGUAUGAAUAUAUGGCGAGAGGGAGCCUGGAAAAUCAUCUCUUUAAGAGAAUUCUUGCUUCUUUGCCAUGGUCAACGAGAAUAAAGAUAGCUGUGGGGGCUGCCAAGGGCCUUGCAUUCCUUCAUGAAGCUCAGAAGCCCGUUAUCUAUCGCGACUUCAAAGCGUCAAAUAUAUUAUUAGACUCGGAUUACACGGCAAAGCUUUCAGAUUUUGGGCUGGCAAAAGAUGGUCCUGAAGGCGAAGAUACUCAUGUAACGACGCGUGUCAUGGGCACACAGGGCUACGCCGCACCCGAGUAUGUCAUGACCGGCCAUCUCACAGCAAAGAGUGACGUCUACAGCUUCGGAGUUGUGUUAUUGGAGCUAUUGACAGGGAGAAGGUCCGUAGACAAAAACAGGCCGAGCAGAGAACAGAACCUUGUUGAAUGGGCUAGGCCUCUUCUUAAAAAUAGCAACAAGCUAUGCCGUUUCAUGGACCCCAACCUUGAAGGCCUAUAUUCCACCAAAGGUGCUCAGAAGGCAGCAGCAGUAGCUUACCAGUGCUUAAGCCACAGUCCAAAAUCAAGGCCUCAUAUGAGGGACAUUGUUGGGGACUUGGAGCCUCUUCUAAAUUGGGUUGACAUACCCAUUGGCCCCUUUGUGUACACGGCGGAGAAAAGCAAGGAAGAAGAUGAAGAGAAGAUGGAAAUGAAGGAUGAAGAAAAGGCAAAGCAAGAUCACCAAAAUCAUACUUGCAGACACAAACUAAAGUUCCCUAAUUCUGCCAUCCACUCUGAAAUUAGCCUUCAUAGGGAUGGAAGAUAUUUGGGUAGGAACUCUCAAACACAUCACAGAGGAUGAGAGGCUUAAUCUAGGAUGAAAUGUUGAUUUCAUUGUACAGACAAAACUUAAAAGCGACAAAGUGUCAAUUCAACUACCAUCCUUUUUUCAUUUCCUUAGAUAAUCUGAAUUUAAAAGAGAGUCUCAAUUUGGACUGCUCUAUUCUACAAGUCAACAGGCCAAUUUGUCCA